CUCCGCUCCGCCGCCUUCCUCGGGCGCUGCUUGUUGACGGCUCGGGCGGCGCGGCGCGAGGGGCUCGGCGGGGCUGCCGGAGCGGCGGCGGGAGGAGCGCCUGGCGACGAGGAGCGGCGGCGAGGCGGCCGGCGGGUGCCCGGCGCCAUGGGGCCUGGGCGGUGGUCGGGGCCGGCGCUGACUCUGGCCCUGGCCUGGGCGCUGGCCGGCUGGGGCGCCUGGAGCCGGGCCGAGGUUUGUGACAGUGUGGACAUCCGGAACAACAUGACAAAGUUCAGCUUGCUUGAAAACUGUACUGUGAUUGAGGGACACUUGCAGAUCUUGCUAAUGUUCAAAACCAAGGCUGCGGAUUUCCGGGAUCUCAGCUUCCCCAAGCUGACAAUGAUCACGGAUUACUUGCUGCUCUUCCGGGUCUACGGCCUAGAGAGCUUAAAGAAGCUUUUCCCCAACCUGACUGUGAUCCGAGGGACUCACCUCUUCUUCAACUAUGCCUUAGUCAUCUUUGAGAUGGUUCACUUGAAGGAGAUUGGCCUUUACAACCUGAUGAACAUCACCCGUGGUGCCGUAAGGAUUGAGAAGAAUGACGACCUCUGCUAUUUGUCCACCAUAGACUGGUCUCGGAUUUUAGAUUCUGCGGAAGACAACUACAUUGUGUCCAACAAGGACGACAAGGAAGAGUGUGGAGAUGUGUGCCCUGGAGUGGUGCAAGGGAAGAGCAGCUGCCCACCCACCGUCAUCAACGGCAUUUUCAAUGCGCGCUGUUGGACCCAUGAGCAUUGCCAGAGAGUGUGUCCCACCGCAUGCAAGUCACAGGGCUGCACCCUGGAUGACAAGUGUUGCCACUCAGAGUGCCUGGGCAACUGCCUGGAGCCCAACAAUCCGGGGAAGUGUGUUGCUUGCCGGAACCUCAACCUGGAGGGCAAGUGCGUGGAGACGUGCCCUUCCGGCUACUAUCGCUACAAAGGCUGGCGCUGCGUGACUUUCGACUUUUGCCAAGAUCUGCACAACAAGUGUAAGAUUGCCCGCCAGUCUGGGUGCCACGUCAUCCACAACGGCGAAUGUGUUCCUGAUUGCCCCUCGGGGUACACCAUGAACUCCAGCAACCUUCACUGCACUCCCUGUGCAGGGCCCUGUCCCAAAGUUUGUGACUUCACCAAUCCGAAGAUGGUUGACUCUGUGACUGCCGCACAGGAGCUACGAGGCUGUACUGUUGUAAAUGGGAGCCUGGUCAUCAAUAUCCGUGGAGGAAGCAACAUCGCAGCAGAGCUGGAAUCCAACCUGGGUUUGAUAGAAGAAAUCACUGGCUACUUGAAAAUCCGUCGCUCCUACGCCCUGGUCUCCCUCUCCUUUUUCCGCAAACUCCAUCUGAUUAGAGGGCAUACUUUAGAAGCUGGGAACUAUUCCUUCUAUGCCUUGGACAACCAGAAUCUCCGUCGGCUCUGGGACUGGAGCAAGCACAACCUCACAAUUGCCCAGGGGAAGCUCUUCUUCCAUUACAAUCCCAAAUUGUGCCUCUCGGAGAUCCACAAGAUGGAGGAGAUCUCUGGGACAAAGGGGCGGCAGGAGAAGAAUGACAUCGGCCUCAAGACAAAUGGCGACCAGGCUUCUUGCGAGAACGAGGUGCUGAAAUUUUCCUAUAUAAAAACAGACAGCGACAAGAUUGUGCUAAAGUGGGAGCCCUACUGGCCACAAGACUACCGUGAUCUCCUUGGAUUCAUGCUUUUCUAUAAGGAAGCUCCCUUUCGGAACGUGACGGAGUUUGAUGGCCAGGAUGUCUGUGGCUCCAACAGCUGGACGGUGGUGGACGUUGAUCCUCCUCCACGGUCUGUGCAGCCAGGGUGGCUGCUGCGGAACCUGAAGCCCUGGACUCAGUACGCCAUCUUUGUGAAGACGUUGGUCACCUAUUCUGAUGAGCGCAAGACCUACGGGGCCAAGAGCGAAAUCAUCUACAUUCAGACCAACGCCUCCAUGCCUUCCGUCCCGCUGGACCCGUUCUCUGUUUCCAACUCUUCAUCACAGAUCACCCUGAAGUGGAAGCCGCCCUCCGAGCCUAAUGGGAACAUCACGCACUACAGGGUAUCCUGGGAGCAGCAAGCGGAGGACGAUGAGCUUUACAAGCUGGAUUACUGUUUAAAGGGCUUGAAGCUGCCCUCCCGGACCUGGUCUCCCCCACUGGAAUCAGAAGAUGUCCAGAGGAACAACCACAGCAGGAACGAGGAGUUCACCGGUCAGUGUUGCACCUGCCCCAAAACCGACUCUCAAAUCCAGAAGGAGGUGGAGGAGACUGCCUUCCGGAAGACCUUUGAGAAUUACCUCCACAAUGAAGUGUUUGUUUCGAGGCCAACCAGGAAACGGAGAGAUCUCGGCAGUAUUGCCAACAGCACUGUGGUGGCACCAACCAUCCCUCCUGCAGCGAAUGUUUCCAUGGCUACCUCUGAAGGUCCCCAGGAGUCGCGGCCCUUUGAGAAGUUGGUUUCAAGGGAGUUCUUGGUGAUUUCAAACCUGCGACACUUCACAGCCUACCGGAUUGAAAUCCAGGCCUGUAACCGCAGGGCCCCCAAAGAAUGCAGCGUGGCAGUUUACGUCAGUGCCAGAACCAUGCCUGAAGCAAAAGCAGAUGACAUUGUUGGGCCUGUGAGCCACGAGCUGAUCGAGAAGAACAGCGUCCUCCUGAGGUGGCAGGAACCCAAAGUGCCCAACGGGCUGAUUCUGCUGUACGAAGUGCAUUAUGGGCAACCCGGUGACACGGAGGAGCAUCACCACUGCAUAUCUCGGAAGCAGUUUUCCAACGACCAGGGAUGUAGGCUGCGGGGGUUGCAACCUGGCAACUACAGCGUGCGCAUUCGGGCCACCUCACUGGCAGGCAAUGGCUCCUGGACAGAGCCUGCCUACUUCUAUGUUCCUGAUUAUUUGAACACUCCGACUAACCUUGUGGGGGUGAUCGUUCCCAUCAUUUUCACUUGCUUCUUCAUCGGUGUUAUUGGAGGAAUCUAUAUCUUCGUUAAAAAGAGGCAAACAGAAGGACCGACAGGGCCACUCUAUGCAUCCUCCAAUCCAGAGUACCUCAGUGCCAGCGAUGUUUAUGUCCCUGACGAGUGGGAAGUCCCCCGGGAGAAGAUCGCUCUCCUGCAGGAGCUGGGCCAAGGAUCCUUUGGCAUGGUGUAUGAGGGAGUGGCCAAGGACAUCGUCAAGGGUGAGGCGGAGACCCGGGUGGCGGUGAAAACUGUGAACGAGUCGGCCAGCCUGCGGGAGCGCAUCGAGUUCCUGAACGAGGCGUCCGUGAUGAAAGGCUUCAGAUGCCACCAUGUGGUUUGCCUCCUUGGGGUGGUGUCCAAAGGGCAGCCCACUCUGGUUGUCAUGGAGCUCAUGGCCCACGGCGACCUGAAAAGCUACCUGAGAUCCUUGCGUCUGGAUGCUGAGAACAACCCUGGCCGUCCACCGCCUACUCUUCGGGAGAUGAUCCAGAUGGCAGCAGAGAUCGCAGAUGGCAUGGCUUACCUGAACGCCAAGAAGUUUGUCCACAGGGACCUGGCAGCCCGGAACUGCAUGGUCGCAGAAGAUUUCACAGUCAAAAUUGGAGACUUCGGCAUGACUAGGGACAUCUACGAGACAGACUACUACCGCAAAGGGGGGAAGGGCCUCCUGCCGGUGCGGUGGAUGGCCCCGGAGUCCUUGAAGGAUGGAGUCUUCACUUCCUACUCAGACGUGUGGUCUUUUGGGGUUGUCCUCUGGGAGAUAAGCAGUUUGGCGGAGCAACCUUACCAAGGCCUCUCCAAUGAGCAAGUCCUGAAGUUUGUCAUGGAUGGAGGAUGCCUAGAGAGGCCAGAAAACUGUGCGGAGCGGCUCCACAGCCUCAUGCAGAUGUGCUGGCAGUACAACCCCAAGAUGCGUCCUUCCUUCGUUGAGAUCAUUGAGAUGCUGAAGGACGACCUUCACCCGGCCUUCCAGGAGGUCUCCUUUUUCUACAGUGAAGAGAACAAGCCCCCUGAGACAGAAGAGUUUGAGAUGGACUUUGAGAACAUGGAGAGCAUUCCUCUUGACCCGGCCUCCUACUCGCAGCACGACGAGGUCUCAGGGCGGGACAGCAUGCCCUCUAUGGGGCUCAAAGGGAACUAUGAGGAACACAUACCUUACACUCACAUGAACGGGGGCAAGAAGAACGGACGCAUCCUCCGCUCAAGCCCUUCCUAAUACCGGUGGCUUCUCUCUCGCUUACUCUGGCUUUCCUUCCUCCACCAAACUCAGGACUUGCACUGUUGCUGCCACCAUCAGAGAGACACACAGACUUGCUUACUGUUCAGAUUUUUAAUCACCAAAAAUUAUGAUGAUUGGGUGCGGGACGGCAAGCAGGGAGAGAGAGAGUCUGGUUGUGUUUCUUUGUGUUGACUAGCGGUCAAUGGACACGUCUGUGAAACACAACCCCCCCCUGCCGUGGCUGCUGAUCCCCUCUGGCUUUGAGGUUGGAACUUGCUUCACACAAUGAUGCUGGAAAGAAGGAAGAGCCUCUGGCUGCCUUCAUCCCUAGCAGGUGGGGAUUUGGGGUUCUUCACAAAGCAUUCCCAGCAAAACCGAGAGCCUUUUCUUCCGUCUGUCUCUUCAGCUUCAGAAAGGCUGAAGGAUCUGCAGUGUGUGCCAGAUGGGAACUUGCCAUUUCCCCUCUUGGAGUUGACAAAGUGCUGCUAUUUUCCCUCUAGUAGGGUUAACCUCUGUGGUUAGGGAUGUUUGCACACACAUGAGUAUAUGUGGCUGUGAGUGGCUGAAGUACGUGUGCAUGCAAGAGAACUACACACACUUGCAUGCAUGUGAGGCAGAGGUGGAUAAUGGAGAUGGGUCUUUUGUACCUAAAUGUUGUCUCUAACCAAAGAGGUGGAAUUGCUGUCCUCUUUGCUCCGCUCUCUUCUCUCUCCCCACCUUCAGCAUGAAUGAAUUCAGGAGAGUUUAUUUUUACACUGAAGAACUCAGGAGAAGGGACUUUCUUUCCUCCUCUUCCCUGCAUUCAGCAGACGAGGCAGCCAAAGCAGAGGACAAAUGAUUUAGGAUUUUGCCAGCACUUGCCCCCCCCCCAAGCUCAGUAAGGCCACAGGAGCUAGAGCAGUCUCUUCCCCCCAGCUACCUUGUCCUUUCUGUCCCCAAGCCCUUGAGCUACAUCUGGGCAGCGUUAAGUGUAUAAAUUAAUGAUUUUGACAUAUUUAAGCCUUCUCUGUAUACCUCCUAUAACUUAUUGAUGCCUGAUCUCUUGUUGGCUUCUCUAGAGGGGAAGGUGCUUGCUGGCGUGCAUUGCUUGGCCUUGGGGAGCCCCCCAGUCUCUGAGCUGACUUGGCCACCCAGCCCAUGGGCAUCCAUCUGCAGUUUAGUGACUUUUAAGUUCUUUUUAAGCUUAGCGGUGCAAAACUGUCCAAGGUCUCUCUCUGCUCGCGAACACAGUCCAGGGCCGUUUCCAGACGGCUUACCUGCCUCCAGAACGUUGCACCAUCUUGCGGGGAAAACGCGAAAACGUCGCGCAAAACUCGCGCGAGAAAACGCGAUAUUUCGCGUUUUCCCCGCAAGAUGGUGCAACGUUCCAGAGGCAGGUAAGCCAUCUGGAAAUGGCCCAGGUCGCCCCAACCCAAGUAGGACCUCAAGGUACCCCCCCCUCUUUGCUAUUCAAAGAGCGAAUAACUCUGGACAUGGGGGGGGUGGCUUUCUAUUUAGCUAUUGUGGUGAAUAAUUGUCUUGGGUACAGCCGUCUAGGCAUGAAUAAUUCAGUUUUUCUAAAGGCAGACAGAGGAAAAUGGUAAGCUUUUACUCAGCUUUGGGAAACCAAGCCUUGCUUGGAAUCCGCCGUGGCUGGAGUGUGUGUAAAUCCGGAGCUGGGAUUGUGUGAGUCCCUUUCCCUGUGCAGGCUGCUUUUCUUGCUCUUUCAUCCGCUGGAGGGUUCUUCUCUCCAAGUGGUACAUUUUAAUUUUCUGUUUCCAGGCAAUGCUUUUCUCCCCACAGCUUCUUUGGAAUGACUGUGCAAAAGAGUGCGCUUCGUCCCUUUUCUUUCCAAUCUCCCCAGGCCACGUUUCCGUUGCUCUGUGACAUAAAGGGGUUCAUCUACUUUUCCAGGUGGGAAAUGGCAUUGCCAAAUUGCUUUUUUCCUUUCUGUUUUCUAAAUCAGCUCAUAAAAACUUGUUUCCGUAUAAUGUGAAUCACUUUGUGAUGAAAAAGUGGGGGAGGGAGGAAACCCCAGGACUUUUCAAGCUGCAUAACGUGAAUGGAUUGAAACAGGGCUUUUUUUCAGCCGGAACGCAUUGGAACAGAGUUCUGGAACCUCUUGAAGAUGGUCACAUGGCUGGUGGCCCCGCC